CUGUACCACCGCUUAAGCACUGUAACGUCAGUAGAGUAUUAGUACGAAUCACCUGUAGACGCUUCUAGUAUGUGAUUGAAUAAAGGAAGGUUUUAUCGAAUGAUGCUUAUUGAAUUAGUUUUAGAAACGUGAUGGAUCAAACGAAUUCGUUCAGUGCGAAGUGUUGUGAAAGGCUGAUCUUUACGUGAAGACGCGGAAGGAAAGAACGCCUGAUUCCAACAUUUACCACUAGAAUCACUUAAUAGGUCGAUUUCCAGACCAAGCCGUUCAGACUUUUCGUCACACCUCAACAAAUGAACAUUUCAAAGUUAAAUUAUAUAGCCAUCAAAGUGCCAUAGUUGAAGAACGAACUCAAACUCGAAGUGCAAUACGCGUGCAAGUGAACUUUCUGUGAUAAAAAAAAUCUUCUGGUUGCCAUAAUGACAAGAAGAACGGUGGAAGAAUCGUCGAAUGCUCAAAUCGAGACGGAAUCGCCAAUGAUGUCCCCUCUGCCCCCUCAGGCGUCUCCAGCAAACAGAUCGCCUCUGACUGAGAGUCCCCAGUCGCCGGCAAUGCUUGCCACCAUGACACCAGUGAAUGUCAUGGAGCUCAAAAAGGAAAUCGAUGAAAAAAGUGCCAUGGGAAACGGUAGUCUAUACGCUCAGGUCAAAACAGAAGUUAUGUACGAUAAGGAUGAAGAACUUUACGCUCACCAUCAUGCCAUUCAUGAUAAAAAUGACACUCCAAUAGACCUCAUCUACGAAGAUGGUAAUAAGACUGUCAUCUAUACCACUGCUCCCGACCAAAAGGGUAUAGAGAUUUAUUCUGCAGACAAUUCAGGUGAAAUCACCAUCAACAACCUCAGUGCCCAUCAGAUUCAGGGUCAGCAUCAAAUUGCCGAUGUGCUUAUUGAGGGUAAUGCUCAAGGGUUGGUUGGAAGUGCUUCAGAUUCAGCCAACACACCACCUGGAACUGUUUCGGUUGUUCUUCAGGGUAAUAGUCAGGGGUUGUUGCAGUAUCCACAGUCUCAAGUUCCUGCCACUACUGUUCUGGUGCUGUCUGAACUUGUAGAAGAUAUGGGAGCUGUUCCGGUCGUCGGAUUAAGGAAACGAAAGGAACACCUAGAUUCGAACGGUUCGGGUGGCCAGCCAGCGCCGGGUGACAUUACAGUGGUGGGACAACGUGGUAUGGCAGAAGUUCCCGAGGGGGCAGCGCCUCCUUCUGAUGAUCACCAAACUUGGAGAGCUUACUACGAACACCCCCUUACGGCAGCUACCACUGCAAUGUUGAACAUAAACGGUGGCGCUGAAGAGAACUCGCCUACUAUGGGUUUCAUCUAUGAAUACUACAAAUUGCCGGAUUCUAAGGAGAAACUGGAGAACAUUUGGCCAGCGAGUUCCCAAGCUGGUAGCAUCUUAACAUCACAGCUGAAAGCAACCAAUGGUUUAGUUAGUGGGACGGGCUUGGAACUACCGACCACGCCUAUGAGUACCGGGAGUCAACUUAGUUCUCAAGAAUUGCAAGGUUUAUUCCUGAACAAUCAACACAUCUAUGCACAGCCGUCUCCGACCGGUCAAAAUCUCCAAAUUGUCAAACGCGAGCCUGAAGACCUCAGCCACCACCGAAAACUUGACAGUAGCUCACCAGGCUCGGCCAGUCUGGACAGUUCGAUAAUCGUAACCAAGCAACAACGGCAUAAGGUAGUGCUGGUGUCGUCUACAGGAAGUCACCAAGGAGAUGUUAUAGUGGACGUAAAUUCGAUCAAAGACGAGUCUCACCGCGGUCUCAGCUCGCCUCAGCACGGUUCGCGUUCGGUGAACGGCACGCCGACCUCAACUCACAGCAGCCUUUUGGCAGACGGUUCCAGCACUGGUCCAAUUGAGUUUAUACAUUCGGAUGGCCUCAAACCGGCUAUGUAUACCACGCAAAUAUUCGCUCCUAUGAACGCCACCCAUAGUGGUAGCGGCACGCCAUCACCGAUACCUUAUUCUGAGCACGCUGGCCAGUACAGUCAGAGCAUCGUUGGCACAUCCGGCUCGUACAGUGUCCCUAGGCCAGCCAGUUCGACAGCGUUCUCUUCUUCAGAUCCUUACUACCGUUACAACGACUACACUACCGUUACAUCCGGUGCGGUUACGCCAGAGCCGAUCUAUUCCUCUCAGCUGAGGCAGUCUCAGCUCGGUUAUGCUGAUGACACAUCGGGAGGCGCGACCCCAAGUUUUAUCGAACGUUACGUGAGACAGUCUUACCAUGGGAAGAGUGUGAUCGCAGCAACAGCAGCUGGACUCACCGUUGACCUGCCCAGCCCUGAUAGUGGCAUCGGCCAAGAUGCCGUUACGCCACGUGAUCAAAACAACAUACAUCAGUCCUUCGACUACACGGACCUUUGCCAAACGAACUCCUCCCUCCUGGAUCCGUUGUCGCUUUCCCAAAGGAGCAGCAACUCAAAUUCACCAGGCAACCAAGCUACAAGUCGCAGCAGACCAUGGCACGACUUUGGCAGACAGAACGAUGCGGACAAAAUUCAAAUUCCCAAAGUAUUUUCACCAGUCGGCUUCAAAUAUCAUUUAGAAACACCUAUUUCGACAUCACAGAGACGUGAAGAUGACAGGAUCACUUACAUAAAUAAAGGUCAAUUUUAUGGCAUCACCUUAGAAUAUAUUCCGGAUCCAGACAAACAGCUCAAAUCACAAACUGUAAAGAGUAUCGUGAUGCUCAUGUUUAGAGAAGAAAAAAGCCCUGACGACGAAAUCAAAGCCUGGCAGUUUUGGCAUGGCAGGCAACAUUCCGUCAAACAGAGAAUUCUAGAUGCCGAUACAAAAAACAGCGUAGGUUUAGUUGGUUGUAUAGAAGAAGUUGCACAUAAUGCUAUUGCCAUUUACUGGAAUCCACUAGAAAGCACAGCAAAGAUUAAUAUUGCAGUGCAAUGUUUGAGCACGGAUUUCAGCAGUCAAAAAGGUGUGAAAGGCCUUCCUUUGCAUCUACAAAUCGACACAUACGAAGACCCUAGAGAUACUCAAAUUUACCAUAGGGGAUAUUGCCAAAUCAAAGUCUUUUGUGAUAAGGGUGCUGAAAGAAAAACACGUGACGAAGAAAGAAGAGCGGCAAAAAGAAAAAUGACAGCAACUGGACGUAAAAAGCUCGACGAACUGUAUCACCCUAUGUGUGAAAGAUCGGAGUUCUACAGCAUGAGUGAUUUGAAUAAACCACCCGUAUUAUUUUCUCCUGCUGAAGAUCUCGAUAAGCUGACAACCAUGGAGCUUCAAGGCUUUUACCCACAUGAGGCUGAGGGUUCCUUAGGAGGUCCAGUCGAUCACGUAAAGGCAGGAUCACCAUUCCUGCUGCAUCCUGCAGUUAAACCCCCAACGACUCCAACGUUGAAGUUCCACAAUCACUUCCCUCCAGAAGCUGAUAAGAAGGAAAGUCUUCUUGACAACAGCUUAACAACUGAUGGGAACGUAUUCCAACCUCCAAUAAAACGCGUGAAGAUGUCUUCAGGUGGUCCAGGCAAUGUAGGUCCUCCUCCACUACACGAGAGGGUUAUGUUGUAUGUGAGGCAGGACAAUGAGGAGGUUUACACGCCAUUGCAUGUGGUGCCGCCAACAACGCAAGGACUUCUGAAUGCUAUUGAGAAUAAGUACAAAAUUAGCGCUUCGAGCAUAAAUAACUUGUAUCGCAAAAACAAAAAAGGCAUUAUAGCCAAGAUUGAUGAUGACAUGGUAUCGUAUUACUGCAACGAGGAUCUCUUCUUGUUAGAAUUGAAAGCGGUAGACGAGGACCUGUUCGAUAUUACUUUCAUUGAAUAUACGGACCAAUGAAAACUUGCCAUAUUUCUUAUAUUUGUAAUUUUACGAAUCAGUUUAAAUUAUAUUGAUCUGUUGUGAUUGUUUUAUAUUAUUAUGUAUUAUGAAGAAGUUCACUGUAGAAAUUUAUAUUUGUUUAUAGUUGGUAGAAAUGUUGAAGUGGCUUUUCUAUCAUUUUAAUGCGAUUUAAGUUAUUGUUAGCCAUUCUGUUUUUUUUUAUAGAUGCAUAUCAGUCCGAUCAUAAUUUGUAAAAUACUGAAGUGAUCAUUCAAUAUUUAAGUGCUAUAAUGAGCAGGAAGAAAUGCUUGAAAUGAAGAAUAUUUGUUGCAUUUAGAAAUCUUGCAACAGAGCAAUGUUUUUUCACAAUUUCUCGAAUUGGUCACUUAUGAUCUCAAAAUUACAUUAUGUAAAUGAUCUGAACACGUGACAUGUACAGACUAUUAACUGAUUAUAAUUUCUAUAUUAAGGAGACGGGGAGAAUAUUUCAAAUGUAAAUAGCUUCUUUAUUAACUACGUGUAAAUAGUAACUAAGCCAUGACAAAAAAAUAAACACGUCGUUACUUUGUGAUAAACCCUUCUGCACAUAUUUGUGCAGCACCUCUAUUUUUAGAGAUCAGAAAGUUUGUUGCUCAGUUGAAUUUCUGAAGUUGUACUAAAAUAUGUUUACUAAAUUUAUCGUUUUUCUCUUUAUUGGUCUUUCCAAUAUUUGAUAUAUUAUUAUCAAACUCAUGUUAUAGAUAUAUAAAGAUAUAUAUUUUUUGGUGAAUCCGUGAUAUUUGCUUUAAGAAGAAAUUUUUAUGAAAAACAUACAACACACGCAUUCCAUUUACUACAAAAAUUCAAAACGUACCUGACUUAAUGCUUUAUCAUAAUUUGUAAUUCGAGGUCUCCAAUGAAAUAAUUUGUCCAAAUUCAUACUUUCAAAGGUACAUAUUCAGAGCAAAAAAAUUUGAAUGAAGUUAUUAUAAAGGUACUGAACUGACGUUUAAUUGUUUUGUAUAUUAUUAAUUUAUUUUACACAGCUCAAAAUGUUGUGUAAUUUUUGAUUGAUAUUAGAGUAGAUUAAGUUAAAAUAGCUCUCUGUAUCCAUCUUUUUUCUAGUGUUAUCGAACAGAUACAACAGAUAAAUACGUAAGAAUCAUCUACAGAUGUUGAUUUCAUAAUUCGACAUUGUUGUGAAUCAAUAUUACUAAUAAUCGCAAUAUUAUGUUAUUUAAGGUUUUUUCUAUAUAAAUGUAUGAUUAUCUUUUAAGUAAAAUUGAAAUUUUCACAG